AUGAUCAUAUCCUCCUUUCUCCGUUCUUGGUAUCAGUUCGUACUACUCCUACGGAAGCAAUUUUUACUAGGUCGAAGAGAAUAUUUGUGGACGACAUGUCAGAUUCUUGCUCCGGUUCUGCUAGGGAUACCUUUGAUGAUUCAUUGUUACGUUUUUAAAAAGGUGCCUGCUUACAAUAGUACGCAAAACUUUGAAAUCCAUCCUACGAUGGAGAUUAGAGGAAAUCAUUGUACAGAAGUAGAUUUUCCUUACGUGAUAAGAUCUCAACAUCUGGAAAUUGAAAAAUUUCUCGAACAGACAACAUUGUUGCGACGGAAUUUCAGCAAUGUUGAAGAGAUGUAUGCAGAACUGAGUAAACGCGCCAAGGAGAAAAAUGGAUCACAAGAUGGGUCUUCAAAUUACACAAAAAAUUCCACGUCAAAACAGUCCGACACGACGAAUAUGACAAAGUCUUACAAUUCAUCUGUUGUUGGUGUCGAAUUCAAAUCUUUGACCAAAGAUUCACUAUCAUACGUUUUACACGCUACAGUCCCUUCGCUACAGGACAUCAUGGAUUUGAAAGCACUUUUAACAAGUGAGACAGAACAGGUUGAUCUAAGGGACACAACGAAUUAUUUGACGACAAAUGAUUUGGAGGCUCAUCGUUGUGUUAUCGCAGGAUUUCUCCGCGGUGUUCAACAGCCAUUGGAAGGUAUGAAUGCUGAAACUACUAGUAUUUUCUUAAAACCGAUAAGUUUCACAAAAUCAGAACGGAAAUUCGAGAGAACGUUUUUGUUUCAAACUUGCGCUCUUAUUGUCAUCUCGUUCAUAGUUCUAUUUGUCACAUACAAUGUUGUAUCAGACGCAGAAAUGAAGGAUUUUCUAAUCGUUAUGAGCGUACCGAAGUUGGCAUUGUUACUAACAUCUAUUAUUGGGAAUUAUAUAAAAACAUUUAUUAGCCUUUUUCUAGUUUUUAUUAUUCCAUUGUCACUCGAUGAGGAAGCUCCACUCGACGUUACUUUCAUAGCACUAGAACUUCUUGGCUUAAAUGCCGCCAUACUUGGAACAUUUUGUGGCACCGUAAUUCGAUCUACACUAGGUGCUAUCAGAUUGGCGAUAAUACUGUGGAUUCUACUUUUAUACAUUGGUGUAUAUUCACCUCCAAUAAACGAAGGAUAUUGGCUUGUUAGUAUCAAUAACUGGAACCCUAUUACUGCCUUUAAAAAUAUCUUUCAAUCCUAUCCAUACUAUGAUUUGAGAGGAACUUCCGUCACUAUGGGUACACUGUUUGCUUAUAACGACGUCGUUUCACCUGGUUCCUCUAUCAUUGCACUUGCAUUUGAUAGUAUUCGUUUCAUUAUUAUAGCCACAAUUAUCGAUUAUAUUGAAUGGAGUUAUCUUGGAUCUAGUAUGGCAGCUAUAUUCAGGAAGAAAGAAUUGGAACAAUUGAAAAGUCAAUCCGAAAGACAUUCUUGGCAUCAAGACGAAGUGGUACACGAAGAAAAAGCCGACAUCGAUGCGGCGGAUGUGGCGAAAGUAUGGGAGAGAAGCGGAGAACUUGCUGUAUAUCGCUUUGAAAUUAGAGCAUAUCCAGGAGAGGUUUCUGUUCUUCUCGGACAUAGCGGAGCUGGAAAAUCGACAGUUUGCAAGAUGAUUUGUGGGAUUGUACGACCUACUCGAGGACAAAUUAAAAUUCUAAACAAUGACCUAUUUGUUUAUAAAUCUCUAUGCCGUUCAAGAAUAGGCUAUUGUCCACAGAAAAAUUUACUAUACGAUCGAAUGACAGUAAUGGAGCAUUUAUGGUUUUUUUAUCUUCUGAAAAGACCCAAAGCUAAAAAAGCGAAACAAAAAUGGAGAGCUGAAGCGGAGGUUUUAAUUCAAAGUCUCGAUAUGGAUAGUUUUAGAGAUCAGCAGUCUCGAAAGCUAUCAGAAGUAGAAAAAAGAAAACUGUGUAUAGCAAUAGCUUUUAUCGGUGGAAGUCGUGUUGUUCUACUUGAUGAACCAACAAAUGGUAUGGAUCCACCGGCAAUAGGAUGCUUAGUUGAGCUAGUUCAACAACAGAAAGAUCUCAGGACGAUAAUGCUAACGACCGAACGCAUGGAAGAUGCGGAAGCAAUGGGUCAGCAACUGUAUGUGAUGUAUAUGGGUCGUACUGUCUGCAGCGGUGAUAUCAAUUUCGUGAAAAGCUCGUUUGCCACUGAGUACAUGUUGACAAUUACACCAUCCGACGAAAAUUUCGAGGAAACGGUAAAACGACUUGAAGAAGGUGUGAGAGCUAUGGUUCCUGGAGCAAAAACACGUGCUAAAGAGGGAGAUCAAAUACGAAUAGAGCUGCCAAAAUUGCAAGAAAGGCUUUUUCCUGAGAUGUUUGUGAAGCUGGAAGAGGAGAAACAAAUGAAAUUUGUGAAAGAUUAUAAUCUUACCUAUGGAGUUCUGGAAGAAACAUUCUUAAAAAUGGGAGAAAAGACGGAAGUGGAUCGCAGUGUAGAAAUGGAACCGCUUGGAACUGAACCGCCUUCUUCGUUUAAAAGCUGUCUAUGCAUGUGCCGUUUCAUUUUCUUGUUGUGGAAGAAAGUUUUGCUAUCACUUUCGCAUUUUCCUCUCAUACUAUCUCAGUUGCUGAUUCCGAUCUUUGUUUCGAUAUAUCUUGGUUACGCAUUACAUUCAGAUACAGAAUUGCCUGGUGUCAGAUCAAGACUUUCAUUCGCAUCUAUUUCAAGUGGACGAUUCCUAAUAUUCAAUCCAUACAACGAAAGUGUUGUUUCAAGCUCGGCUAUAAGGACUGUGAACAAAUAUCAGCAUAUAGAGGUGCUGACCUUCAACGACAAUAAUAUCGAAUUACAUUGGCCAAAGGAUUGGCCAUGGGUCGUCGGUGGAUUGCUCAUAACGAAGAAAGAUGCGUAUGGAGAGGGCAUCAACAAUCUACGUAUUGAAUUCCUCUCUCCAAAGUAUAUUUCACAUUCUGACCUACUCAUGAUCAAUAUUGCAACAGAUUUUUUAUUUGCUGGAGGCAAACUAAAUUUAAAUAUCGAUUUUGAAAUGAGACUAAGAGAGGAUAAAUUUGAUCGAAGUAAUUUCAUUUUGGUUCCGUUCAUUAUGAUGUUUAUAUGCAUCUUGCUGACGUCAUCCUUCACAAUUAUUCCUGCAGAAGAGCAAAGUUGUCAUUUCAAACAUCUGCAAUUAACGACAGGAUUAUCCACAUUCCUGUACUGGUUUGUUACGCUGUUAUAUGAUAUCGUUGUAAUAUUUGUCGUAUGCUCUCUAAUUUUUCUCAUCCUCUUCCUCUAUGGUCGCACCAUUUCAGUCUUUUUCUUGCUUCUCAUGGUUUUGUACUGUACUAUAUGUUUACCGUUGGCAUACUUGGUAUCGACAUUGUUCAGUAUGGCAGGCACUGCUUUUUUCCUCUUCGUCAUCUUUCAAUCGCUUGCAUUUAUCCCUCUUUUCCUCGCUGAUGGCAUCAUACAACCACCGAUUUCCUACAUAGCAUUUGCCUAUCCAAGUCUCACUUUUAUGUCAGCAAUAAACGAUGAGACAGGAAGAAGAAAACUCUUAAAUUUCUCAUAUGCCAUUUAUUUCAUUGUACUCGCUAGUAUCGGAGUGGUUUAUUUAUUUUUACUUGCUUUAUAUGAACUUCAUUUACAUACAUCGAUGAUGCAAUUGCUGAAACAGAAGAAGUUCUCGGAGAAGUUUGAUGUUCCAUAUGGUAACGAUGUACUCGCUGAAAAGGCUCGUGUAUCCAGGCCAGGUGGAAAUGAAGUUGUUUUAGUGAAGGAUCUUGGAAAAUAUCAUAACAAAACGUUCGUGCUAAAAAAUAUGACAUUCGCAUUGGAAAAAGGAGAUUCGUUUGGUCUGAUUGGUGUGAGUGGCUCCGGAAAAUCGGUAGCAUUCAAGUUGAUAUCUGGUGUUGAUCGUCCUUCGUGCGGGAAGGUAUUAAUACAUGGAAAAGCACCGUAUCAGACAUCAUUGGGAUUCUGUGGAUCGUAUGACUCACUUUAUCCGCGAUUGACAUGUCGUCAGAAUGUAAUAAUUAUCGCCGGAAUGCUUGGAUACCGUGGUGUUCGUCAAAAAGCUGAUAAGCUUAUCGGUUUUGUCGGUCUUCGAUUGCACGGUGGAAAAUAUGUAGCCGACUGCAGCGAAAGCCAGAAAAGGCGUAUCACUGUUGCACUGGCGUUGAUGACUCGAGCACAAUUAAUUGUAAUGGAUGAGCCAACUAAAGGAGUCGACCCGGUUGCUCGCCGUGAUAUUUGGAAACUAAUCAGAACCACACAUCUCAAUGAUCGAAUACUACUGUUCACCUCAUCGUCACUUGAAGAAUGUGAAAUGCUUGGAUCACGUUAUGGUGUACUGUAUAAAGGCCGAUUCAUAUCAACGGGAACUACGGACGUGUUAAGAGGACAUCAUUCACGAUUCUGUGUACUUCAUAUGGAAUUGACUGAUGUUAAACGAAAACAGAAGGUCCUCGAUACCGUACAUGAUAUCUUUCCAAAUUCAAAUCAGGUACCUGUCCCUGAGAGUACAAAACCGCUUCUGAAAUGGCGUAUUCCAAUGUCCGAAACGGAAUCAUUAUCCGUAUUCUUCCGUAAAACACAACAAUUGGCAAGUUUUAUCCCGGCAAAAGAUAUUCGUCUUACACAAGCAACGUACGAUGAUGCACUUAUCACUCUUAGCGAUAAAUUUAGUAAUCUUCAAAAACGAGCAUCAGAAAAAGAAUUAGUAAAUCAAUUGUUAACAGUAAUUGGAUAG